GUAAACAGCUCAAAAAUCGAUGCUAUGCAUUCAUUUUUGAGAAGGGAACUUCUAAUAUGUACAGGUCUCUGGGUCGAAAUCGGCUCAUCUACCGGGCUCACGUAGCAUACUACGUUAAAACUGGCUUAGUUGAUCAAGCGAUCAAGGUGUUCGACGAAAUGACUCAAUCAGAUUGCAGAGUUUUCAGCAUUGACUACAAUAGGUUUAUUGGCGUCUUGAUUGCCCAUUCACGUUUUAACUUAGCUGAACAUUAUUAUACUGAAAUGCAGCCGAAAGGGUUCUCUUUGAAUUCAUUUACAUAUUCGAGGUUCAUUUCUGGUUUGUGUAAAGUUAAGAACUUUGAGCUGAUUGAUAGGCUUUUAGUUGACAUGGAUAGGCUUGGUGUCGUACCGGAUAUUUGGGCGUGUAAUAUAUAUUUGAAUCUUUUAUGUAGUGAGAGUUUAGUGGAUUUUGCUUUAAAGGUUUUGAAAGCAAUGGGAGAGAAGGGGAGGGAGCCUGAUCGGGUAAGCUAUACUAUAGCAAUUAAUGGGUUAUGUGGGGUUGGGCGGUUUGAUGAUGCAGUUGAAUUGUGGCAUAUUAUGAUUAAGAAAGGCCUUAGUUUGGAUAAUAAGGCUUGUAGAGCACUUGUUUUAGGAUUGUGCCAAAAUGGGAAGGUUGAUUUGGCAUAUGAGCUUACAUUAGGACAAAUGAAAGACAAAGUUAAGUUUUCCACACAGAUUUACAAUGCACUUAUUCAUGGGUUUUGUAGAGCUGGUAGGAUUGAUAAAGCACAAGCAAUAAAAAGGUUUAUGAAGAGAAAUGGUUGUGAGCCAGAUAUAGUUACUUACAAUGUGCUUCUGAAUUUCUGUUGUGAUGAGGUUAUGUUGGCGGAAGCGGAGAAAUUAAUUGAAAAUAUGGAGAAGGGCGGAAUGGAGCCUGAUAGUUAUAGCUAUAAUCAGCUUCUUAAGGGACUCUGCAAGGCCAAUAGAGUUGAUAAGGCUUACAAGUUGAUGUUGAAUAAGAUGGAGGCCAGAGGCAUGGUUGACGUUGUGACUUUUAACACUAUCAUUAGUUCAUUGUGCAAGGUUGGCCGCAGUAGGAGGGCUUACGCGCUACUAGACGAGAUGGGGCAAAAGGGAGUAAUACCUGAUGUUAUAACUUUUACAAUUCUUAUAGAAGCUUCUCUGAGAGAAGGUAAUUCUAGCACAGCUAAAAAGCUUCUUGACCAGAUGACUGAGAUGGGCCUCAUACCAGAUCGAGUGUUGUAUACUGUAAUAAUUAAUCAUCUGUGCCAAAGUGAUAGUGUAGAAAGGGCUCAGAGUAUUUUCCGGGAUAUGAUUGCACAGGGUCUUGCCCCUGAUGUGGUUUGUUACAAUGCUCUCAUCAGAGGUUUCUGCAGAGCUUCUAGAGUUGAUGAAGCCAUGCAUUUAUACGAGGACAUGAAAACUAGAGGUUUGCAUCCAGAUGGGGUGACUUUCGGAUUGAUCAUUGGAGGUCUCCUACAGGAAAAAAAGAUUUCAUUGGCUUCUGCAGUAUGGGAUUGCAUGAUGGAGAAGGGUUUUACUCUUGACCACAAAUUGUCCAAUACCCUUAUCAAUGCCAUGCAUUCGAAGGACGCGUCCUAUAUGAAUAUCAGACAUGGUUGAGUUGUUAUAAGAUCCUGUGAGAGCUGUUAAGGUAGCACCAUUGUAUGUCAGUCUGCGAAGCCAAAUGAUCUUCCUUGCACACUGCAGAAAGAGCUGAACGACAUGCUUUCUCAAAUUAAAGCACCAAAGACUGCGUACUGCAAGAUUUAAUGAUGCACAUAGAGGUGGAACCUCAGGUGCCCCAACUUCUUACUUUGGUAAACGAAUGCCUGGAUGAUAAAGGUUACCACUUCAGGCGGCUGGCUAUGGUUUCCAGUUGCAUUGUUUCCUGAACGUGUCUUGGUAUUAGGCCAAAAUUCAGUAUUUCGUAUUAGUUCCAGUAAAGUAGGAUCCUGGACAGACCUUAUGCAUGAGAAGAGGUGCAGAUAUAUUUAUGUAGACUCUGACGGAGCAAAUGGCUACAAGAGAAAUGGAAAAGGCAACAUUUUCCAGGUUGCAAAUUAUGCUCAGGAGCGAGCUUGAAUCAGAAAGUGAAUUGCUGACAUGGCUCCUCUUCUUUACAGGGAACCUUUCAAGGUUGUACUGAUCAUAAAAGGUAUCAAUUUUAUGCAGGUGAUUUGUUGGACAUAAUCUCGAUUCUUGAAUAGGUUUGGCCCACAAAGCGUUUGAAAAGGAGGCGUGUACGACUUAUAUGCCCUUGGCAUGAAAUGAUGGCGGAAGGUGCAAAAUGAUUCAGUAGACUCUAACGGUGCAAAUGGCUACAAGAUAGCAUUAAAGGGCGGGAUUUGAUCAUCUUGGAUGUUUGAUUUCUGAUCUAUUUCCUAACAAAAUACUGCCACAUAUAAUGCCAAUAUGGGUCAAGAUCUUUUUAAGUCUGAGUGUGUCAAUGACCCUUAAUGUUUAUUAGAGAUUCUUUGAAAGAGCUCAGGGCACCGAUGGAUAUGAACAUUUGGAAAGCAAAGGAGGAGGACAAGAUGCAAGACUCUUGAGAAGUGGGGAAGCACGACAUUUUAAAGCAUGUAUACUUCUACCCAAAAAAAAAAAGAUGUAUACCAGUCCUAAGAUUAGUGACUUGCAUGUAUGGAUCUUUAGAAUGGAGAGGAAUUUCCUCACAAGUAAAAAAGUAAAACUUGGCACGAAAGGAACAUUAGAAAUAGUUUGCUAUACCAAAAAUUCAUCCCGUAAUGUUGCAUUCAAGCUUGCAUGAUAUUUGUCAAUUUAUUUUCUCAAUUUGUAAGGACUGAUGAUA